CGAGCUAUCACGCCGCGCGUCGGGCCCUUAGGGGCCUCGAGAAGAACACAACCCCCUCUGAUCCCCAGUGGUGCGGGUCGUUCACCGAGUGGCCACUCGGCGAGUGGCCACCGAGUGGCCACUCGGUUUAGUCAGUGUGCACCGAGCCCCAGAGAGGGAGAGACAAAGCUCGCUUCCGAGCUAUCACGCCGCGCGUCGGGCCCUUAG